GUGAUUAGUAAGCAACUUAACACAAGAUAGUCCUAGUUCUAGCUAGAUAGGUUUGAAGAGCUAGCCAUGGCCACCAUUGUUGCAUGGGAGAGUAGAAACCUGCAGCUGCAAGGAGGAGGAGGUGGCCAUGGCGGUGGCGGCGGCGGUGGCGGCGGCGAGCGGCGGGAGUACAUGUUCGAGAAGGUGGUGACGCCGAGCGACGUGGGGAAGCUGAACAGGCUGGUGGUGCCGAAGCACUACGCCGAGAAGUACUUCCCGCUGGGGCCGGCGGCGAGGACCAGCCCGGCGGGCACCGUGCUGUGCUUCGAGGACGCGCGGGGCGGCGACAGCACGUGGCGCUUCCGCUACUCCUACUGGAGCAGCAGCCAGAGCUACGUCAUCACCAAGGGAUGGAGCCGCUACGUCCGCGACAAGCGCCUCGCCGCCGGCGACACCGUCUCCUUCUGCCGCGCCGGUGCCCGCCUCUUCAUCGACUGCCGGAAGCGCGCCGCCUCCGUGUCGUCCUCGUCGCUGGUGCCACCGGCCUUGAUCAAGGUGCAGCUGCCGCCGUCGCGGCCUGUCGUCGACGAGGAGGAGGCUGCGUGUGGCCGGCGGUGCCUCCGGCUGUUCGGCGUGGACCUCCAGCUCCGCGCCGAUGCCUCGCCGGCGCUGGAUUUGCAGCUUUGAUCUAGCUGAGGCAUCUCAUCAGUUUUGUACUAAUUCUCCAACUGAUUAGUAUUCAUUUUCCCUCAAAAAAAUUAGUAUUAUUCAUACACGAACAUGCAUGCUGCUCUCCUGUCGAAUAAAAUGAGGUCGUCGAAGACGAAGUUGUACAUUAGAUUAGCACAAGAUUAAUUAGGAGGGGUGAAUUUAAUUAAUUAGACAUGGAUCGAUUGAUAUAUAUGCACUGAAGAUGAUUAAUUGGACGAUGGAAGCAAGCAACAACACAAGGCUAAGGUACCUAGCUAGCUUUGCUUUCAUUUUUCCAAAUUAAAUUUCAUGUUUCUUGUCAGAUCGAUGAAUAGAAUUUGUUUUUGCGGGUUGAUUGUGAA